UGCUAGGGCACGGCAAGGGCGCCCGUCAUCGAUCAAUGCGGAUUGUAAACAAAGUAAAUACACACACAGACGUUCCGCGUACUGCGUGCUUUGCUGCGGCCCGCACUGACUGCGGUGAUGGGAUGGUGUUUCGUUCGUUCGUCGGGCGGUGGCGUGUUUUUGUUUGCAGUCAAGAGUCGCAGCAGAGCAGCCCGACUGCGCUGCGUUCCAAUCCCUAACCUUUUUCUUGCUCUUUUGCUUGUGCAAUUUUCACCAUCAGCCAGCCAGCGAGCAGAGUCAAGCCUGCAGACAGGCCUAUAAAGAGUGUUGUCAACUGAGGAAAAACGUGGUUCUUGUGUACAGUGUAGGGAAAAGUUUUAUCGAUUUCGACUGGAUUCCCUGGAAAAUAGAAUUUGAUCCAGGUUGCACCCUGAAUCAUCAUCGAUCCGUUUCUACGUGACACCGCGUGUAAUCGUUCUGCUAAAUGCUCGGCCUCAGUAGCAACAGCCCCUAGCGACUACACUACAAUGACCGACAACAACAAUUUCCACCACCUGCCGCAGCACGUGUUGAAGCACGAGCCAAUGCAGUCGUCGUCGUCGCCCCCGCCGCCUCCGCAGUCCUCCCAAUUCCAGGUGUACUAUCACCAUCAGGCGGCUGCCCACGGCCAAUCGCAUGGCCCUCCAAAAGGUGGCGGCACAUUGAAAAUGGUCGAAACCGUCCCGGCAGACCUCUCGACGGCAUCCGGGACCGGGUUGGACUACAGCACUCACCAUCAUCACCCGCAGCAGAUCAUCGAGUACGAUCCGGUCAGUGAUCCCAAUCACCCGGUGAAUGUGGUCAUCGAGCACCAGCAGGUGGUGGAAACCCAGCCAACCAUUGAGCAACAGGAACAGAGCGUGAUAGAGGCCCUCUGCCAGCAGGCUCAUCAGAAUCGGUUACACCAGGAACAACAGUCGCAAAUCGCCAAGGGCAAGCGGAUGCGAAUGGACAAUGUCCAGCACGAGAAUGGAUCUGGCUAUCCGAGCGAAGAUGAGGAUCAUGAUGAUCCCAGGAGAAAACUGGUCAUCCACCAGCAGGGCCCUGGCGGAGAAUCCAUCGAAGAGCAGGAGCAAAGUAUUAUCGAAGCGCUCUACCAGCAACAGCAGCAGAACCAGCUGCGAAAGCAGCUGAUUCAUCAUCAGCAGCAGCACGAUGGCCUUGGUGGUCAUCAGCUGUCCUAUCAGCAGAGACGCUCGCCAAGUCCGCCGUCCCGGUCGCGGUCCCUGUCGCCCUCCCAAUCUCCGACCGUUUCCGGUACGACCGAUUCGCUCAGUUCUCGCAUCACACCCGCUUCUCAGCCCUCGGCGCCCCAACCGAUCUCGUUGGCCAACAUCAACCAGAGCAACUUUAUCGCUCGGUUGAUCAGCAAGGACAACAUCCUGCUCAUCUCGGAGGACCUGAUCGAGAUCGGGCGGAAUUCAUCGCGGGCGCAGGUGGAUUUCCACGUGGGCCGCAACAGCUUUGUGUCGCGGAAGCAUCUGCUGCUGCACCACGAUCACACCGACGGGGAGUUCUAUCUGUCGUGUUUGAGCAAAAAUGGAGUCUUCGUUGAUAACAUUUUCCACCGGAAAGGAGCCGAGCCGUAUCUGCUGCCCAGAGUGUAAGUUUAUUUACGAUUUUUUCAUAC